CUGCUGGACUGCACGUGUUGCGAUGUUGCACAUGGUACCUUUAUAUGAGUUUUUAAUUAUUAUAUUCACAAUUGAAAAUAUUGAACUUGGGACGCCUUACAUACCGGUAGUAAGAUAGAGUGUAUGUAAAUGUAUUUGCAUUUCACACUUUCUGAAACACCUUGUACUCAUGCAGUUUUAAGAAAGUAUUUUGAAAAGGGUUAAAUAUUACGUUUGACCCUCCGGCGAGGCAUCAACUAGAGAGAACCGUUACCUGUUAUCUGAAGCCCAUUCUCCGCUAAAAGAAAGCACGUGCCCGUUACCGGCGUGACAGAACGUGUUCCCUAGCAACCUUAUCGGGACAAAUUAAACAAGAGUAGUUGAUCACGUGGCCAGCCUUCCUCCUACUUUGUGAUCGCGGAGAGAAAAUCAGUGCCUGCAACAAGAGGAGACUGUGCGUCAAGUUCUGAUUCCGAUCUGGAAACGGCUGAUUGACAUUUUGACCUUUCAUGCAAGAGCGAAAUCGCUACCGCUUCUCCGGCUAUUCCAAGUUGUUGAGGUGUUCCAUGACUGGACCUGCUAAGCCUUUACAUGAACGACUGCUGGCAUCGCAAAGUGGAAGAUCAACAAAAAGGCUUAUCUAGUGAAGAGGGUAGUGUGUUCAGCAUGGACAGCAGUGGUGACUCCAUGAAGCCUACUCAACAUGUGCUGCUGGUGGGAGAGGGAAACUUUUCCUUCUCUGCCUCCCUGUGUAAGACAGCAGAAGCUGACACGCAGAUCACAGCCACUUGCUAUGAGUCAGAAGAGGAAGCAAAAAAGCAAGAGGGAGCCUGCAAGAGUAUCCAGUGUCUGGAGGAGAAAGGAGCUGAGGUGUUCUUCAAUGUGGACUCUACUAAGCUGGCUGAAUUCCCUUGCCUGGCAGACAAGAAGUUUAGCUGCAUUAUUUUUAACUUCCCUCACUAUGGAAGAAAGGCAGGUGUGAAGAAAAAUCGAAUCCUGUUGGCCAGCUUCUUUCUGAGUUGUGCAGAUGUACUUACUCAAGAUGGAGAAGUGCACAUUGCUUUAUGUAAUGGACAAGGCGGCACUCCUGCAGACCAGCCAAUGAGAGAAUGGCAUAACAGCUGGCAGGUGGUAGCUAUGGCUGCUGAGGCAGGUUUUAUUCUCAGCAAAAUAUGCCCAUUUGACUCUUCUAAAUGUGAUGGCUAUAGAAGUACUGGCUAUAGGAGCCAAGAUAAGUCAUUUCACACUGAAGCAGCACUGAAUCAUAUCUUUACUAGAAGUCUCCAGUUUUUACCAGCAAAGCCAGUGGUGAUUGAAGAGAGGGUUGGUAAGGAGCUUGUGAGCUUUCAGGUGCCUGGUGACCUUUGUGAAUAUAUGAACAGAAAUUUUCUUGACAAACAUUCUGAACAUCCUGUGAAUAUCUUGCAACAAGAACUUCUAAAGGAGGUGGGAUUGACCUGGCCAGUGCAGAGGAUUGAGAAGAAGUAUCCUUUGCUGUUUAAAAGUAUUCCUUCAGCAUUCUCUUACUCUGACUUUGACAUACUGCCUUCAUACAUAUAUUGGGUCAGACCCAUUGAGAUCAAAAAGGAUAACUUACUGGAAAACAUGGAUUCAGGUGACAAGACUCCUGCAGCCUGUGCAGAAUAUCAUACCAUUUACCACACAGAGGAGGAGUGUGAACAAGCAGAGGGAGUACAAUCUGACACUUCAGAGCCUGAACUUAAAAACGGCAUUGGUUAUGCACUGCGGCCUUCUUUGCGUGUCCAUAUUAAAAAGAUCUUGCAGCAACAGGACCUAGAGAUAGAUACCAUCUAUGCUCAUAGUGGACAAAUUUUCAAAAGGUGUCCCAUUUCUCCUAACAGCCUUCCAUCUUCUCAUGAAGCUCUCCUGAUUCAGGCCUUUGAUCCUUCAAAAAAUUCAGAGGCUGCUUGUAAACUACAAGUCUCCCUCGAAAGUGCCAUUUCCACUAUGGCGGGUCUCAUGCCCGACAGCAAAAUCAUUUUUCCAAGAGAAGGACUACUGUCAUUUCAGAAGUAUUCUGAAGAUCCACGAUAUCAUAUUUACAUUGGCUACAAGACUAAAGGUUCUGGUGAACAGCAGCAGCUGAUAGGAAGCCUAGUUGUUAUGCCACAUAACUCAACACACACUAAAUUUCAGAUUUGUGUCAUCUCUUUAAAUCUUGACCUCCUUUCUAUGCUGAUUUUUAAUGUGAAUGAUUGGAGAAUGCUGUGGACCUGGGAUCAGCGUUUUAUUUCCAGUUUUGGCAGAAACAAUAUGACAUUAUUCAAAGAAUUUUCACUAUAUCCUCCUUCAUAUAGUCAUGAUGUCAGCUUUUGGGUAGAAACAGAAACAUUUGAUGAGCUGGAAUUCCAUGCCUUGGUCAGACAGGUCUCUUGUGGCACAGUAAGGGAAGUGACGCUGGUGGACAGUUUUCAGCACCCCCACAUGGGACAUGCCAGUCAAUGCUACCGACUUAUUUACCAGUCUAGUGACAGGGCACUUUCCUAUAGAAAAGCUCUGGAGCUUCAGUUGUUGCUCCGAAGAGAGCUGCAGCAACGCCUUCUGGUCACUCUUAGAUAACAUCAUUUUAUUCUUCUUGAUUGAUGGCGAUUCUGAAACACUCAAAGUUUCUGCUACCACUGUUGGUAGUUACAAGAAACAUUUUAUCUACUUACCUGCAGAUCAGGCAGAUUGUUGUCAAGGGCUGUUUAUAGACGGUCCUAUCAAUCUUUUAAGGUGAUUCGGGCCAUUUUGAUUAAAGCUUGUGUGCAGUAUAUGGAAAGAGACCUACUUCUGUAAUGCCCACGAGGUAUAAAGAGAAAAUAAUUGUCACUUCUUUAUGAUUUAUGGUCAAUGAAAGAUAUUUGUAUUUUGGUGUUCCUAAAGUAUUUUCAGAAACAUUGCACCAAGAAUUUGUAAUCUAAAACCUCACCAAACAUUUAAAUCCAAUUACAGGGGUAUAAAAUAGUCCAUAACCAUAUGUCAAGAGUUGUAAAUUUUGAAAAUUGUGUGGCACUUAUUCCAACUUAAUGCCUAGUUUAUACCGUAUAACAGUAUUUUUGUACAGCCUUGUGGCUUUGGCACUGAAUAAAUGUAUGCUCUGCCAAUCAAGUUUCAUUAAGGUAUUUUAGUAAGUCUUCCUGGUUGAUUGAGAAGUAUUGUGUAAUGAAGUUAAUUUUGCCAUGCUUUCUUGUUUUUGUGAGUGAGAUUUAAAAACGCUGAGUUUGUUACAGCUUUUCUGAAUAUUACACCUGUUGAAGAUCUGUGAAUAUAUAAUUUUGUAAGACAAAAUUUCAGUUACCUUUUCUAAAGUUUACUUGUCAUGCAUUUAUUUACAUUUUGUAAUGAGUAAAUAUAUGCAUUAUUGCAUGAUAAUGAAGCCAGAGUUUAAGCAGUAUCAGGGACAUAAAGGAAGCAGCCCCAUAUGAGCCAUCAGUCCAUCACAGGGAACAUUUACACAGUUCAGUGCUGCCAGUUAACCUCUCUACACAGAUUGUUACGAGGCCAGGGUUUGAACUAAAGACUCACCGUCAAAACAUUUGCACUGUCCUACAACCCAGCAUCUAUUGUUGUUAUCAUCAUGUCUGCCAGUCUGCCGGUUUGUCUGCAUGAAACAAUCUGGCUCCUCAUCUGGAACAUUUAUUCUUCAAGGACAUUUGUUCGGAAAGUUCAGUUGUCAUGGAGACAUCUCCAAUACAGUGUGAUGUAUGCAGUUUUCAAAUUUGGUGAAUUGUCUUCUCUUAAAGCAUGAAAAUAUUCUGUGUAACCUCAAUUAGUGACUUUUUUUUUCUUUUUCCAAAUUUAUUAAUUUAUUCUUUCAAAUUCACCUUGAAAGAGGUUAUUUCAGGUUGAAUAUUUCUUCUUUUACACAUUUGAAUGCCACUCCUAAUGGCAAAGCCAAAUCUCCAGCACAAAUUAUUGAAAUGUCAGCAGAGUCACGCAGUCGUUUGGGGAUCUCGCCAUCAUCGUCACCUCAGAUGCUCGUGUGUGUGGGUGGACUUCAAUGUAUAUUUUAACUCUCCAUCAGGAGGUAUUUUCAAAACUUUUAUGUUCAAGAAAUGUAAACUACAAUUCAGCAACCCUUUCAGGACUAAUAACUAAUAACAGCCGGUUUAUCAGUACAAUUUCUGCAUUGCUUAAGUUGGAAUCUGAUAUUAAUGAAAGCUAUAUCCGCCACCACAAGCCUAUCUGGACUCAGUUUUUAACUACAAUUUAGUAAAGUGCUAUUAAAAACAUGUUUUUAUGUAAUUUUAUACUAAAGCAUGUAACUACAUUUUAUUAUCAGUUAUUUUUGAAUAAGAUUCCUUGUCACAAAAAUUUUUAAUAGAUAAAAAUAUACCUAUGUUUUUGAUGUAGUACAGCUCCAACUUGGAAAAAGUUGGGCUAGUAUGGAAAAUGCAAAUAAAAAAGAAAGCAGUUAUUUCAAAAUUCAUUGUGACUUUUAAUCCAUCAUAAAUAGUAUAAAGAUAAGAUGUUUAAUGUUUAGUCUGGUCAUCCUUAUUUUUUCUGUAAAUUUACAUCCAUUCAUGCCAUUAAGGGCCUGCAAUACAUUCCAAAAAACAUUAGCAUGGUUCAGUUUAGGGCCAAUAAUCAGAUAACCUCUUAUGCACUAAGGGUGUUUUUGGCAUUAUUGAGCCUAAAGAAGCUGCAAAUAGCUGAAGAAUAGCGAGUACAAGGCUUCAUUUUUUAAAAGAAAGCAUUUAUAUGAUUAAAAACCUUUGUUCAGGCCAGUAUCAAUAAAGAAUCGUUUGCUUUAGGGAUUUCUCCCCAAAAAACUGGAUUUUACAGCAUAUAACAAAGACAUGUUAUGAUGCACAAUCCUGGAAUCAUUUUUCAUUUGUGCCCCAGUCUGUCAGCUACUACACCAGUUUACAUGUCAUAACCCAUAGCAUUGCAAAGUUAACUGUUUGGCACAAGGUUUCCCUCGUUUGGAAACAUUGCGACUCUUUUUGGAAACAUUUAGUCCCUUGCACCUAAACAAUCUCUAGAAACAGUAUUGAAGUAGCAUUUACAUGUAUAUACAGGGUUAACACUAAUGGAUUAUUUUUAUCUUGACCACACCUUCCCAGGUCAAUGGAUAGGUCAUGGUGGACCAUUGCCAUGGCCUCCACACCCACCUGAUUUGACACCCCGUAAUUUCUGGUUAUGGGGUAUGGUGAAGGAACGCAUGUAUAGCAAGAAAGUUUGUGAUAUCAAUGACCUGAAGGACAGAAUACGGACUGCUUUAAAUGGUACUGUUGCUCAUUGGUUUUUGUGUGUUGAACAUGAUGGCGAACAGGUUGAGACAUUUCUGUAAAUCAUCUUGCACAUAUGAAGUAUGUUUUGUGAAUAAAUUGUUUUCACCAUUCAAAUGCUAACAUAAUUUUGACUUGCCCUGUAUUCUUUUAGGAAAAAAAAAAAUAUAUAUAUAUACUGCGGUGGGCUGGCACCCUGCCCGGGGUUUGUUUCCUGCCUUGGACACCAUAAUGUGUCAGAAGGCACGGCACGCACCCUGACCAAGUGGGGCAUCAGAAUAGCACAUAAACCCACGAACAAUCUGCGCAUGGUCCUGUUUAAUGCUAAAAACAAGAAAUCGACAGCCGAAACACGAAACGCAGUUUAUAGUAUUCCAUGCAAUUCUUGCUCAGCGGUAUACAUAGGACAAACGUCAAAAAGAAUUUCAACAUGUGUACAGGAACAUCGCAACGCCGUCAGAAGAAAGGACGCACUAUCUUUGAUAUAUGCACAUACUAAAUCGACAGUACACACAAUCAACUGGGACAACGUAAAAGUAAAAUUUAAGGCCAGUACUAAAAGUGCCAGAGAGUUGGUCGAGUCUUGGCUAUCAGAUGAAAAUGCUAUCAACAGACACUUGGACAUAAAUCCAGCAUAUGCCAACUUAAGAAGGACAUGUACACAAUAAUUAAACUAUACAACCCCCCCUCCCCCAUGAUCAUACUGACUUAGUCACCUCCAUACACCCCCCCAACACUGAAUGUGUUGCUAUAUAUUGCCUUUGAUUCUUGUAAGUCUAAGCAUUAUCCUCUGAUGAAGACCCCUGAUAGGGGUUGAAAGCUCAGGAAUUAAACUAUUUUAUGAUACGUGAUUCGUUUUUUCUCCCUUCGUGGAUCUCCAACUGCAAAUAUAUAUAUAUAAAAACACACACACAAUAUAUAUUUAUCACUUUAAAGCAACAAGUAAGCAAUUUGUAACUAUGUACAUAUACUUAUGUACUCAUCCCAACCUUUACUUUCAAAAUUAUUUUUCAUACCAGUCCUUGAAACAAUUUCAGUUUACAACUAGGCACAGAGAAUCCUUACAUUUUGUACAAUAGGUUGGCAUUUUUGUACUACAAUUCACCCAUCUUCUCCUGUAUCAGUGAGUUUUUAUUUUGUUGUUGUUGCUUUUUCUUGCAUUUCAUGUCUGGAAUAGACUAAGUACAUACAUACAUUUUCAUAACUUCUUCUAAUGCCAAGUUUCGUGGUGUGGACAAUGCCUUUCCUGGCAGCCCUGAGCACAGAGCUAGUCAUAUAAACACAUACACCAGUAUUUCCCAGCUACUUUUGAGUUGCAGGUGGCAGCCACUGAGUUGUGAGCACACGAGACUUCUUCACAGUAUAAUCCGCCCCACCCCUCAUGUCACCAAGUGCUUGCUUCAUAAUCCCACCCAAACACAUGGCAUGGGUCUUGAGCUCUGUGAAGCAGCAAUUCUACUUCACCACUAUGUAACUGUAAAUAUUAAUCCUAUAAUUUAAUUUAUAGGUUGGGGAGAGUAGAGUUUAAAAAGUGCUCUUAUGGCUUGUUCUGUUGACAUAAAGGUUAGAAAACAAGUGAAAGGAAAACCAAAAUAGAAUAUAAGAGUGAAUGAUAAAAUGGUUAUUACAUUGUGAGUCAUGGGGUAAGCCAUUAAGUGUGCUAGUUUUUAAAUUUUGCGGUUUAGUGUUAAGCUUUCCCUGUGUUUUCUGCUGUGAAAAGUAGGCAUUCAUCACCUCCUCAAGGUUACUCCUUUAAAUAGACAUGGCUUCCUCUUCAGGUUGUCUCUGUGCCAGAACACGAACAUUAGGCAUUAAUUACCACUUGCCUGAACUGUGAUUACCUUGGGAUGAUUAUCAAAGGACAAGAGAGGAACAUGGUGUGUAUCUGUUAGAGUAAUAAACACCUUCAAAUGGUACACCAAACAUUUCACUAAAAGCCAUGCCCAUAUUCAAGAUUUGUAUGCCCUUUGCUCUCACUAGUGUGUGAAAGAACUUUGGCCUUGCUAUAAUAAAUCUUGAAAGGUAUUAUUCCUAGCAUGUGACAAAAAAAUGUACAGUAAUCUUCAAACACUGUCAAAUGGUGCACGAUAAAAGUGGAUAAUUAUUAGUUUGGGAGAAUAGGACCAUCUGUAAGCUAAGCCAAUUAUAACUGACAGAUUUUAAAGUUUGUUGUGGGUACAUUGUAAUGUGAGCAGAGAGCAGGUCAAGAUAAGUCAAACAAGUUCAAGUUAUUCAGCCAGAACGGGCUGCUUGUUUUCAACUACUGAGCCACUAUGCACACAAUAUGAAGGUGCAAGAGGAUUAUUGAUGAAAGUCAACUUCAAGGAAUUAUUGAAGGCAGCCAAAGAAAGCUUGGCAAAGUAACCAUGCACUUCUCUUGAAAUUAAGAAGCUACAGGAUGUUGAGUUAAAUAGGAAAUUGUCCUGAAAUGUAAAUUAUUUGCUGUAAAAUUACAUUGUUAUUUGUUAAUUAUUUAUAAUAAAAAGGUUUUGUUGUU